AUGUCGACACCAUCCGGUGCAAAUAAACGUUUAAUAACUGAAAUAACAAAACUUAAAGCAUUAUCAGCUAAUACUGAUGGUUCAUCAGUGAAAUUUCUUCUUGAUAAAUCUCCAAUAGAUGAUCCAUCAGGAGCAUCUCGAGGAGGCGCAGGUAAUUCAGCUCAAAAUAUAAUCCUAGGCCGAAUAUUACCCUCAUCAAGUAAUUAUAAUCAAUAUGCUUAUCAAAUUGAAGUUAAAUUACCUGCUGAAUUUCCAUUUAAACCACCUGAAGUUCGUUUUGUUACACCUAUAUAUCAUCCAAAUGUCGAUGAGCAAGGUAAAAUAUGUGUUGAUUUACUUAAUGCAAGUGAAACAUGGAAACCAACAACAUCAUUAGUUGAUGUUGUUAAAGCUGUUGCUGACCUUAUCGAUAGUCCUAAAAUUGAUCAUGCACUUAGUCCUGAAAUUGCCAAUGAAUAUACAGCAAAUAAAGCCGAAUUUGAUAAAAAAGCGUUAGCUGCAGCGAAAAAACAUGGUUUAUCACGUAGUUAA